AUGCUCUCGAAGGUAUCCGAGGAUCGUAUUCCAUUAACGAAUUCACCAAAUCGUGCAGCGAGUUUAGCUCAUUACACUGCUUCUACUGGUAGUCUACCAAAUCUUAGUAAAAGGAUUCCAUCAGAUGCUGAGCAGCACAAGCUUGAUCUUUUGAAGCAGAUUGAAGAGAACAAACGACGACGACAACUCGAACUUGAAAAAGAAAAAAUGGAAGAGCAAAAAGAAAUUGAAAGACUUGAACGAUACAAUGAGAAAAUGAGGAAAGAGAAAGAAGAGGAGGAAAGAAAACUGAGAGAACGAGCGAGGCAAGCCGAAAAACGUAAUGAGCAGAUGUACGAACCCCAUCCUAGGCCUCAACGACGGAGAUCAUCACCACCACCUCCACGUAAAGAACAACGACGUUCUCCAUCUCCAUCAGAAGCACCAGCGCUGGAAUGGUGGGAAAAGAAGCCUUCGUGGCAGCAAAGGAAGGAGUUACGUUUGGCUAAUCUCCAUGAAAAACGCAUAAAUGUACUUAAACGUGAACUGUUAGUCGAGCGUUAUUCAACUCAAGAUCCCUUUGAUAAGAUAAAUGACACUCUUCAGCCAGUUACGAUCCUGCUGCUUCAGUGGAGAAUCACCAGUCACGAGAAGCUUCUCGUGCAUCGCAUAGGAGUGAACAAAGACCACCAUCUAGUACAAAGGAAGCAGAUACCCGUGGUUCCCAUCGGAUUGAGAGCAGACCUCCUUCUAAUGCAAGCGCAAGUUCUACGAAGGUGCCUAGAAGAGCAAGCAGGCAGGAUUCGCAGGUAUGAACAUACGUGUGGACGUUAG